AUGCUGGGCGGGAAAACAUUACCAUACCUUGUUUUGCACGGUGGUGGAAGUCGCCGAAAAUCGCUCUGCCUUCGCAAACACUUGCCGAAAAUCGCCUAUAACACCGCAAUGCACUCGCCGGAAAUCGCCUCUCACAAGCUCCGUUUGCUCUCAGAACCUCAAGACAAGCCUAGCAUCGGGAACCGAAACGUCACAAGUCUUCGCAGCCUUGCCGACACGUGUCACCCAUGCACAGGGGAGCCCAACCGCCCUCACCUCCCUACUUGCUCCUACACUUCGAACGUUUCGACUUUUCCUUUCUUCUCCUUUUUGAGACAGAGCACACCUUUCCCAGCAUACGGCAGGCACGCAUGGGUCGAGUUUUCACUCACCUCUCGUGCCGAACGGCAGGCACGCACGGGUCGAGUUUUCACUCAACUCUCGUGCCGAACAGCAGGCACGCACGGUCGAGUUUUCACUCACCUCUCGUGUCGAAUGGCAGGCACACACGGUUUAGUUUUCACUCACCUCUCAUGCCGAACGGCAGGCACGCACGGGUCGAGUUUUCACUCACCUCUCGUGUCGAACGGCAGGCACGCACGGGUCGAGUUUUCACUCACCUCUCACGCCUAUCGGGUCAAGUUUUCACUCACCUCUCGCGCCGAACGGCAGGCACGCAUGGGUCGAGUUUUCACUCACCUCUCGCGCCGAACGGCAGGCACGCACGGGUCGAAUUUUCACUCACAUCUCGUGCCGAACGGCAGGCACGCAUGGUCGAGUUUUCACUCACCUCUCGUGUCGAACGGCAGGCACGCAUGGGUCGCGUUUUUUUUUCCCUCUUGA